AUGGACAUGAUAAAAUUUAAAAUCAAUGGAUUACAUUUUUCAGUGGGAUGCGAGGUCAGCUCGGACGUGACGUUGCUGGACUAUCUCCGCAACUACCUCCAGCUGCGCGGUACCAAGUACAUGUGCCGCGAGGGUGGCUGCGGAGCCUGCAUCGUCAGCGUCCACCAACCUGCUGGCACAUCUUAUGCCGUCAACUCGUGCCUGAUGUUAGUAACGUCAUGCCAUGGGCUGGAGAUAACCACCAUCGAGGGUUUGGGUAACAGACUGCUACAGAAGACACUGGCAGAUGAGAACGGUACCCAGUGUGGAUACUGUACCCCGGCAUGGGUAAUGUCGAUGUACAGUCUUCUUCAAGGAAACCCGAACAUAUCAAUGCUGAACGUCGAGAAAUCUUUAAGUAGCAAUAUUUGCCGCUGUACUGGCUACCGGCCGAUUCUACAAGCUUUCAAAAAAUUCGCCUCAGAUGCUCCAAGACAAAUUACACUACCAGACAUAGAAAAUCUCAAACUCUGUAACAAAACUGAAGAAACAUGUGAUAAAAGUAAUUGUGAAGAUAGUGAAUGGUGCUUCGUUGAUCUCCCAGCCGAUAAAUAA